AUGCCAGUCUCUGUUCAGGCCUGUCUUGAUGCUUUCAAUAUCAGCGCGGCAUUCUGUAUCGACGCCUUCGGUACUGGCAUAGCUGCAUCUAAUCCCGUACCGAAUUCUACGUUCUUCGACCUCGAUAUGCUUCACAAUACCCACGGUGUCAUCGAACACGAUGGUAGCCUGUCCAGACGGGACGCCGUUUUCAACCCGACCAAUCGAUUCGAUGAAGGAACUUGCAACAACCUUGUCAGUUAUUUUGGCAAUUCGACAGCCAUCGACAUUGCUACAAUGGCCAAUGCACGAGCCCGUCACGCAUUUGACAUGAGCCUGGUUAACCCCGGCUUCAACAUCACCGAGGCUCUGUUCCAGUCAUUGUAG